AUGGCGACCAGUUUUAGCCCCACCGUCAACAGCGGUGGGGGCGGUCAAGAGUGGCAGCCGCUGAAACAGAUGCUUCGACAACUUCAAGCAACCUGGAGAGAGCUCAAAUGGAUUGUUUCUCUACUUGUUGUCUACCGUUCGGCGACACUUGUUGUCUACCGUUCGGCGACACUUGUUCAACCUCAAUUGUCAAGCUUUCCCGCGUUUGUGCCAGCCAAAGAAGAAAUUAACAACACUGAUAGCAUUGAGGCAGAAGAUAGGAGAAAUUUGGCGAGAGUCUUGAAGGAAGCAUCGAUGAAGGACAAGAAGACGGUAAUAGUGACAUUGAUGAACCAGGCUUGGGCUAAGCCAAAUUCGAUAUUCGAUGUGUUUCUUGAGAGCUUUCGAAUCGGCAAUGGGACUGCUAAGCUACUCCGCCACACCGUGGUGUUGUGUUUGGACGAUAAAGCCUACUCACGCUGCUUGGAGAUCUUUCCCCGCCAUUGCAUCUUGCUAAGGACUCCAGGAGUUGAUUUCUCCGGCGAAAAGCGAUAUAUGGUGCCGGAUUAUCUCAAGAUGAUGUGGCGCCGAACCGAGUUCUUGGGUUCUUUGCUUAAGCUUGGAUAUAACUUCCUCUUCACGGACAUGGAUGCAAUUUGGCUUCGAGAUCCAUUUCCUCGAUUGGUUGCGGAUGUGGAUUUUCAGAUCGCUUGCAAUUUAUUCUUCAACGGAAAUUUCAGCGACAGGCGGCACAAUGAAGCCAAUGGCGGAUUCAAAUACGUCAUUGCAAACAACAGAACAAUCGAGUUCUACAACUAUUGGUAUGAGUCCAGGCUAAGAUUCCCAGGCAAACACGAACAAGACGUGCUUAACUAUAUCAAAGGAGAUCAAUACGUUAAUGAAAUCGGGCUCGAAAUGAGGUUUAUAGAUACAGUGGACGUUGGAAGUUUCUGCCAACCAAACUGGGAUAUUACCAAAGUCUGCGUAAUGCAUGGGAACUGUUGUAUUGGACAGGCUAACAAGGUUAAGGAUUUGAGACAAGUUCUUGAGGAUUGGGCCAACUUUUUCGCCAAUGGCGACCGGAGAAGAGGGUUUCGACAGCCGAUGAAUUGCCGGCGUAGUGUCAGAUGGAGACCUCACAGAAAGCACAGAAGGAGGGGUUGA